AUGGUCUCCCCAGUGGCCUUCAUUCCCCAGCUCCCCCAGUGGCCUUCAUUCCCCAGCUCCCCCAGUGGCCUUCAUUCCCCAGCUCCCCCAGUGGCCUUCAUGCCCCAGCUCCCCCAGUGGCCUUCAUUCCCCAGCUCCCCAGUGGCCUUCAUUCCCCAGUUCCCCCAGUGGCCUUCAUUCCCCAGCUCCCCCAGUGGCCUUCAUUCCCCAGUUCCCCCAGUGGCCUUCAUUCCCCAGUUCCCCCAGUGGCCUUCAUUCCCCAGCUCCCCCAGUGGCCUUCAUUCCCCAGUUCCCCCAGUGGCCUUCAUUCCCCAGCUCCCCCAGUGGCCUCCCCAGUCAUUCCCCAGCUCCCCCAGUGGCCUUCAUUCCCCAGCUCCCCCAGUGGCCUUCAUUCCCCAGUUCCCCAGUGGCCUUCAUUCCCCAGUUCCCCCAGUGGCCUUCAUUCCCCAGCUCCCCCAGUGGCCUUCAUUCCCCAGUUCCCCAGUGGCCUUCAUUCCCCAGCUCCCCCAGUGGCCUUCAUUCCCCAGUUCCCCCAGUGGCCUUCAUUCCCCAGUUCCCCCAGUGGCCUUCAUUCCCCAGCUCCCCCAGUGGCCUUCAUUCCCCAGCUCCCCCAGUGACCUUCAUUCCCCAGUUCCCCCAGUGGCCUUCAUUCCCCAGCUCCCCCAGUGGCCUUCAUUCCCCAGCUCCCCCAGUGGCCUUCAUUCCCCAGCUCCCCCAGUGGCCUUCAUUCCCCAGCUCCCCCAGUGGCCUUCAUUCCCCAGUUCCCCCAGUGGCCUUCAUUCCCCAGUUCCCCCAGUGGCCUUCAUUCCUCAGCUCCCCCAGUGGCCUUCAUUCCCCAGCUCCCCCAGUGGCCUUCAUUCCCCAGUUCCCCCAGUGGCCUUCAUUCCCCAGCUCCCCAGUGGCCUUCAUUCCCCAGCUCCCCCAGUGGCCUUCAUGCCCCAGCUCCCCCAGUGGCCUUCAUUCCCCAGCUCCCCCAGUGGCCUUCAUUCCCCUGCUCCCCCAGUGCCUUCAUUCCCCAGCUCCCCCAGUGGCCUUCAUUCCCCAGCUCCAUCAGUGGAAUUCUUCCCCAGCUCCCCCAGUGGCUUCAUACCCCAGCUCUCCCAGUGGCUUCAUGCCCCAGCUCCUCCAGUGGCUUCAUGUCCCAGCUCCUCCAGUGGCUUCAUGUCCCAGCUCCUCCAGUGGCUUCAUGCUCCAGCUCCUCCAGUGGCUUCAUGUCCCAGCUCCUCCAGUGGCUUCAUGUCCCAGCUCCUCCAGUGGCUUCAUGCCCCAGCUCCUCCAGUGGCUUCAUAUCCCAGCUCCUCCAGUGGCUUCAUGCCCCAGCUCCCUCAGUGGCUUCAUUCCCCAGCUCCCCCACUGACUUCAUGUUUCCCCUGCUUCAUGUCCCAGUUCCCCAGUGGCCUUCAUUCCCAGCUCCACCAGUGGCUUCUUCCCAGCUCCCCAGUGGCUUCAUGUCCCAGCUCCGCCAGUGCCUUCAUGUCCCAGUUCCCCCAGUGGCUUCAUGUCCCAGUUCCCCCAGUGGCUUCAUUCCCCAGCUCCACCAGUGGAAUUCUUCCCCAGCUCCUCCAGUGGCUUCAUUCCCCAGCUCCUCCAGUGGCUUCAUUCCCCAGCUCCCCCAGUGGCUUCAUUCCCCAGCUCCUCCAGUGGCUUCAUUCCCCAGCUCCCCCAGUGUCUUCAUGCCCCAGCUCCCUCAGUGGCUUCAUGCCCCAGCUCCCUCAGUGGCUUCAUGCCCCAGCUCCCCCAGUGGCUUCAUGGCCCAGCUCCCUCAGUGGCUUCAUGUCCCAUUUCCCCCAGUGGCUUCAUGUCCCAGCUCCUCCAGUGGCUUCAUUCCCCAGCUCCUCCAGUGGCUUCAUAUCCCAGCUCCUAUAG